AUGGGAAAUACAGCUUCUUUAGUAAAGAACAACGAGAGCAAUGAAGAUGGAAGAUCAGAGGUGCCAGUCGAGGCUAAAGAGGUACCAACCUUCAAGAUGGUUCUCGAUGAACUGAAAGAUAAGACCGUCACCAACGAUCACCUUGAGUACCUCUUUAAGAAAUGUUGUUUCAUGGAAGUCGAGAACUUCUUUGAUAAAUAUCCAUCUGACGAUACUCUAAAAUGUCAAUAUGAAACAAGAAGUAAACCAGCAUGGUUCUUUAUUUGUAAUUCAUGUACUACUCUUGAGAACAGUUGUAUUUGUCCAAGCUGUUUCUUUAAUGGUCCACAUAUUGAACAGAAACAUAAGUUCUCAAUCUAUGAAAGUACUUCGGCUGUCUGUGACUGUGGUAAUGCAGAGUCAGUGAAGCCAAGUGGAUUCUGUGUCGACCAUAGAAACGUCGAUGAAGCCAAUCAGGUGAAACAAUGCCGUAUGGUGCAACCGACCGUUCAGAAAGACUUGCAUCUCUUCUUUAGAUAUCUGUUUGCCUAUCUUCAGAGAGUGACUACGAUGCCUUCGGAUUUCGAAGCGAACAAGCCGAAUAUCGAGGUGAUCAUCGAGUGGCUGUCGUUCUUGGCGUCGCGUUCCUCCAUCUUGAUUCACAUCAUCUCCGAGGAGACGUCGUCGCGUACACUCGACCCGUCGAACUUCAACCUGAACAACCCGACCCCGCUGCCAUUCCCAACCACCGAGAAUCACUCGAUCGAAUCUCACCACUUCCUGCCAUACAUAUUCAGACGUCCACACCUCUUGAACUAUUUCCUCGACCUCUUGACGUUGCUCAUUGACAACCACCGUCUCUUCAAGAUCAUCUUCUUUGAGGAGUACCUCAAGAACUACGUCGACAUCUUCACACCGCGUGAUCCAGUCUCCACCGAGAUGAUGUUGCUCAUCGGUUCGUUCUACAUGGAAACCAAAUCAAUUUUGAUUCCAUUCUCAACCGGUUAUUCAUCAAACAACAACUACAUGGAGCUACUAUUGCAAACACAUAAAACAUAUAUGCCAAUUUUAGAACCAUUUUAUAAAUCAGAUAAACCAAUUGAAAGAGAAGUUAUGUUGCAAUCUGAUUUCACUAGUUUCCCAAAGUUGAUAAAGAACAAAGAGGUAGCUCUCUACUUUAUGAAUGACAAAAAGAUAUUCAAGUUGUUCUUUGAGUUUGCGUUGGCUCUCCACAAUUUCAUCUCACCACAGUUUGUCGAUCCAACUAUCACUACAACAUGUUUCUUGGUAUCAUUGGAGCAUCGUUUAAUGCAAUCCACAAAGAACAUCAUCUCCACUCUCCAUGAUGAUCCAACCGUACCAAAGAAAAUCAUCACUGAGACCAUUGCUCAACUUAAGAAAUUAGUUUAUCCACAACUUUAUUUAAGAAAUGAAUUAUUGUUACCACAUCAAGAUUUCUUCCAAAAGUUUAAAUAUAGUGAAAUCCCAGUUCAUUUCCCAUUGUACAGAAUGUUGGCAACUGCUAUCCUCGAAGGAAACUAUAAUAUGGUACAUGAAUUGGCUGAUUUCGGUGUAGAGGAAGUCGUUAAUAUGGUCAACACAAUCUUGUUGUUCAGAGUUUGCUAUAUCUCUUACGAUCCAUCGUUUGAUCCAAAGGAAAGCUUAAUGAAUCUACGUCAAUCAACAGAGUUCUUCACUGACAUUACAAUGAUGAACGACUUGUUUGCCCUUCAAAUGGGUUUGAUGUCACUUGGUCCAAGACACUUUAUUCAUGCAUUCUUCAAUGUCAUCACUUCGGUCGAUGUCUACAAUACAUCAUCUGCAUUCAAUGAAUUAUUUGCAUUGUUGAUUUCAUCAUUCCAAGUUAGAGGUACUAUCAAUCCAACAGAUGCUGAGAUCAGACAUCAUUUGAUUCAAGUUAUUUCUGCUGGUUUCUUUGUAUUUGAUAAUUUCAAUUUGGGAUUCAUCUUUAAGGAUGUUCCAAAGGAAAAGAUUGAGGAGAUUGUCAAUCAGGUCUCUGUAAAGAAGGAUAAGGUCCGUGAGUUGAAGGAUGAAUACUGGAAGGAUAUCGAUUUGUACUAUCCAUUCCUCUCAUUGAAGUUCAAGACAUUCUUGAAGAGCAAGACUAUCAUGAACUAUGGUAACUACCAGAAGAGAGCCAAGCUCCCAGAUGAAUUCCCAGCUCCACCAAAGCUCACUCCACUCCACCCAGAGUUUGUCAAGGUCGACAACAUCUACAACGAGCCAACACUCUUUGAGGUUAUCUUUACUGUUAUUUUAGACUUUUUGGAGCAUGACUAUGUUAGUUACGAUGACGCAUUCGAUCUCCAAACAGUCAUUCGUUUGCUCUUGAAGAAGACAGACAUCGUUGUCAAUGACUUCCUAUACAUGUUGUGUCUUGGUAUCAACUCAUUCAAAGAGGCAAUGGAAACCAUGGACAAGCCAACACUCGAUUACCUCCACGAGACUAUCAAUGCAUUCUUUGCUGCCGAGGAUAAGACUCAAGUCAAAUUCGAGCGUAAUUUCUCUGUGCUCAAUUUGAUCAAGACCUACAACGUAGAGGUCACCGUCGGUGUCAAGAAGCCACUCUCAUUGUUGGAUCUACUCUGCAACAUCUGGGUGUCCACCAAGCAAUCGUUGAAUCUCGAAAAGAAGACACUCCUCAAGCAUGUCUUCCAAUUCUUGAAUCAAUUCAAUGCAAACUUCAAAGAUUUCUUUGAGAAGGCAGGUAUCGAUUUCAAUCAGAAUCAACUCUCUGCCGAAGAGAUCAACCAAAAGAAGGCGGUAUCUGAGCGUGCCAAGAAGAUCUCUGAGAGAAUGAAGCAACAACAACAAUCAUUCUUGAACGAUCUCGAAAAGGAAGACACUGACAGCAACAACAACAACAACUCACCACUCCCCACAUCACCUUCUUUGGCAAUUCCAGGUGCAUCUUCAUCUGGCGAUGUCACACCGGACGUUGCCAACUCGCCAUCACCUGCAGUUCCAUCACCAACUCUUCCACCACCCAACAGAUUCAAAGAGAUUGUCGAAGGUGAAGAGCACAACCACGAGGAAGUCAAUCACGAUGAGAGCUGUAUUGUUUGCCAAACCGGAAAGGAACAAGAGCUACUCUAUUCGAUUGGUUACAUCGAUAUUACUUCGACCGUUCAACUCCACAAUAAGCUCGAGGUCGAGAAGUAUAUUGCCGACCCAACUCUUCCAGAUGACUAUGUAACAUUCUUGGAGGAAUACUUCUUCAGUGAAAUCAAUCCAGGAUCAUUACCAUAUCUCCCGAGCAAAGAUGAUGACCCAACCUUGUUUGCAUGUUUCUUGUUCUACCGUUCGGCAUCGACCUAUAUCACCUCUUGCUCACACAAUAUCCAUCAAACCUGUCUUCGUAAGUUAUUCCCAAAUUUCGAAGAAGGAUUCUCUUGUCCAUUGUGUUCGUUGUCCUCCAACAUCAUCAUCCCAUUGUCCGUCGACAACACCAUCGAGUCACUCGAAGCAAGAAAGUUAUUCUUUACCAGUUUGUGUAGAUUCGAUUUCUUCUUGUUCAACAAGGAGAAUGUCACUGUCAUCGAGAGAUACCUCUGGAAGUUUGUACUUCAAAACGCCGAGACUCUAGAGCUCAAGUCAAGAAAGACCUCAUACUAUAGCAAUGAGCCAUAUUUCCUCAUGAAGCAAGUCGAGUUCAACAAGGAGUUGGCCACACUCAAGCGGCUGUUCAAUGUGGUCAUGGCAUGCAACGUUCCAACCACGCCCGAGAAUCGUUUGCCACUCGAAAAUAACUAUAUCUUCUUGAUGGAUCCAUUCAUUGCAUCGACCUACCAGGUAUUCCUUUCAAACUGUGAUCCAUUCAAUUGUAUAGUCAAUGGAUACAUCUACUAUGUGUUCUCAAUUAUUUUGGUGCACUUUAUGAGAACACGUCCCGAUGAAAUUCUCAACAAGAAGAACCUCAAGGAGUUUAUCGCCGAGCUCAAAUCAACAACCAUGUCCAACGAGUUGAUCGAGCAAUUCAACGAUCAAAUUCACCCAUACCUUCGUAAGAUGUAUCUCUUCCGUGAGUUCUACAUCCCCGACAACAAAUCAGAGAUCUCACUCGAAGAUUUCUCUGAUUUCAAUAAGAUCCGUGACUAUCUCGGUGUCAAGCCAAUCGACAAGUUCAUGGCCGCCAUGGAUUUCACUCCACUCAUCGAUCACUACGUCACCUUGCAAUCGACACCAAAGGGAUCAAAGUUUGUUGGUGUCUUCCCACCACCUUCAUCGUUCAAGAGAUUACCCAAGUUUAUCAAUUUGCCAGAGAAGUACAUUGAUUUCCUCACCAAUUCUCUCGAAUAUGGACACUGUGACAACUGUAAGAGUCUUAAGAAGACCGUUUGUAUGUUCUGUUCACUAGGUUUCUGUGCCACUGAAAAUUGUAAAGGAAGUGCCUAUAUUCACUCAUACAGAUGUCCAAAUACGCCACUUGGAAUGUUCAUGGGAGUUGACAACCCACUUGUAAAAGUACUCAAAGAGGAGCAUGGUAAAACUACCAACUUCUUCCCAUUCGGAAUUUAUCUAUCCCCAGACGGAGUUGCCAGUUUAACUCCAGAUUGUUCUCUGACUCUAUCCCAAAAGAAACUCAAGAGCCUAUACAAACAUUGGAUGAAUUCAAAUAAUUCAAGAAAAUUCAAUUAA